AGAAAAUCAUUGGCAGCCCAUCUUAGAAAGAGUGCUAGCGCUUGCGACAGCCAGGUGGGGUCGAAGGGAGAUAAUUUGGGAGGCUGCGUCCGCGGUCAGGGCACGGUGCUCACAGUCGUACACGAACGAUCAUCCGAUCCACACAUCUCCAAACCCAGUUAGAAUACCCCCGUGCAAAAUGUGGGAUGACGUCGAAGAGGAAACUCCAGCGCAGCCCGAACCUGCCCCCGAGGCACCGCCAGCCGAAGACCCCGCUCCCGCUGCCCCCAAACCCGAAGUGGCGGAACCUCCGGCGCCAGAGAACAUCGUCACGGGAACAGAACCUAGGAAACUUGUAUUCAAACACUGGAUUAGGCCAAAAUUCCUUCAAUACUCUUACCUGUACGACUAUCAGAAAAAUUACUAUGAUCAACUUAUCAACUACCUGGACAGACGAAAUAAAGGAUUGCCAGUAGAAAAACCACGAGCGCAGACAUGGGGCGAGCGUGCUCUUAGAACCUAUCUGUCGAAGAGCUCAAGUUAUAGCUCGAGGUGCUUAAACAAGGACACCACGCUUCUCCAUCACAUCUCUACAGGCGCGCGGUUCCACCGUUAUCACAGCAAGUCCCUUAUCUCGAGGAAGUAUUCCAGACUCGGAUUUAACACUGUAUCUAUCUAGCUUCGCUCUAACACCCACGCUUUACAUGGCUAUGCGGACACCAAUCCGGUUGGUUGUGUGACCUUAAUUGUCAAUUUUACAGGAUUACGUUGGUGUAAAGCAGCAAUCACAGAUAAUCAUAUACUGCCUUAGAGUGACCACAGUCUGAUCGGAAGCCGUCCGCAUUCCUAUAAAUAUGUCUGUCUUGAUUGGGUAAGACAAUAAAUGUUUAAGUUUA